GGGCAAUUCCGACUGUUCAUUUUUUAGGAGAAAGAUCCCGAAAGGAAGUGUUCGAAAGUACAAGCCAGUAGGGAAGAAAGCAAAACCGGUCUCGAUCCUGCUAGAGACAUCAAAGGAAGAGGCUAUGGAGAAGGAGGAAGAGGUCCUUCGAGUGAUCCGAGAAAGAAAAGCGACGGAGGGACAUCGAAUACCAGAUGAGGUAGCGGACACAAUGAAGAUAGGGAUAGACGGGUUCUUAACGGAAGAAGAAACCCGCCUGAUCAAAAGGACCUGCCAGGAAUUUCACCUGGCAUUUGCCUUUAGUGAUCACCAGAAGGGACGACUGGGUGCGAAGUUGAUCCCUCCGGUCAGAAUCCACACGGUAGAACAUGAGUGUUUGAAUAACAAGGGGCCAUCCUACGAAUAUGCGAUAGGAGGAGAAGUAACAGACCUCCUCCGAGCAAAGAUGGACUCCCUCGUUGCGGAGCCUACGGCAUCGUCAUACGCAAAUCAAUGGUUCGUCUUUCGGAAGCCUAACAAGACACUAAGGUGGAUUCAAGAUCUGCAGAAGUUGAAUGCGGUAUCCAUCCGGGAUGCUGACUCGCUACCUCAGGCUGACUUAUUAGCAGAAUCGCACGCCGGUCGGAGCAUUUACUCCCUGAUAGAUCUGUACUCAGGGUAUGACCAGCUUCCAUUGGAUGUUUGGGACAGGCCAUACACCGCUAUGCACACCCCCGUAAGCCAGCUACAGAUGCAAGGGACACCUAUGGGAUUCACAAACGCGGUGGCCGAAGCGCAACGCAGGAUGCUCGCCGUGGCCGGGGACAUGUUCCCAGAAAAAUGUGAACCUUACAUCGAUGACAAUCCAAUCAAAGGCGCGCACGAAAAGGACGAGACGGAAGUCCAGCCAGAGAUCCGACGUUUUGUGUGGGACCACCUACAAGACAUCAAGGACUUACUCCGCCAGUUCCUAGUAUACAACAUUACGGCUAGUGGACCAAAGAGUAUUCUAGCAGUACCGGAGGUAACUAUACUAGGAUUUUGUUGCGGUGCUUACGGCAGGAAGCCGGAUCCGGCAAAGACCGACAAAAUAUCACAGUGGCCGACACCACUGCGCACAACGACGGAGGUAAGGGCAUUCCUAGGCGUAGUCGACUUUUGGAGGAUCUUCAUUAAGAACUUUGCCAAGAUUACUGAGCCUGUCCGGGCUAUGAUCAGGGAAGAAGGAACCAUGGAUUGGACGGAGGAGCGAGAAGGAGUUGUCCAAAGGCUCAAGGACAUAUUGACAUCUGAGACAGUCGCCCUGUCCGCGCCUUGUUUUAAUGACGAAGUAGGACGACCCUUCAUCCUAGAGACGGAUGAAGGACCUUUGGCCGUAGGAGGUGUGUUGAUUCAAAGGGAUGAGGGAGGAAAAGAGAGGCCGAUUAGGUUCGAAAGUAGAACCCCGAACUUCGCAGAACGGCGGUACUCGCAAUUUAAGAAGGAAGUCCUAGCCAUCCUGCAUUGCCUUAAGACCUUCCAGACCUACCUAUUUGGGAGGCGGUUCAUCUUAAGGAUCGAUCCGACGAAUGGCGCAGGGGCUCUAAAGAAUUACAGGCCUAUAGAUCCGACGGUAGGGAGAUGGGUAGGAUUCAUCUGGCAGUUCGAUUACAAGAUCGAACGGAUUGCUGGAAUCCGCAACAAGGCAGAUGGGCUGAGUCGGGUUUGCAUCACUCCCGAAGGGAUGGAGGAUGCAGAGCCCAUAGACGCCUUCCUCGAAUACGAAGGAGGGACUCUCGCGGUGGAUAACGAAAUGAUGAACGAGGGAUGCACAUCGGGAGAACUAUUGAUCCAGACUUUGAAGAAGGGGGCACCUGCCGUAGUAGCAGAACUUAGGGAAGGACCAGUUACCACUCGAGGACACAGAGAAGAAAAUGACUCCUGGGGAGCGAUAGUAGGACCAAAGGAGGAGCUAAUAGUAAUGGCGGCCGAUGGAGGCCGGGAAGCAUUGAUGAGCUUAGUGGAAUCUUGGGAAAGGAAAGAGUUGCAAUGAGUGGUAAGUCAGAUGCAGGAAGGAAAGGAUGGGGGCAAGGACGGGGAUAAGUUUUUCUAUGUCCAAUCAUACGAAGGGCUCUUUUGGGAGAUCGGGUUGUUGUUGGUAGGAAACAAACAACCUACGGAAGU